GUGGCAGAUCUGGACCGCUGCCAGCUGUACCUGCAGGUGUUGGCUGAGCUCACGAGUCUCCAGGUGAAGCUGGGCUGGAAAGCAGGCAACCCUGUCAGCAGAAUCAUUUCUCCUUUGAAAAACUCGUGUAUUCGCCAUCUUCAGGAGGCUGAGAGUGGACAGGAGCUGAGCCUGAGUCGUCAGGUACACAGAGUGGUUGGCAUGGCCACCCUUGCUGCACUGUGUGAGGCUGUGGACCAGCACCCACUGCUUCAGCAGGAUUCUCCUGAUGCUGAGCCUGUGGACAGACUCGUCUCUGUUCUUCCACUCAGUCAGCCACUGCAGAAGCCCCAUGCAGAGGAGCAGAACAGGUGUGCACACCCCUCAGAGAAUGGCAG